AGAGACUCGAGAGUCUCCGAACUGUGUCAAGAGUUUCUCCUACAGCCGCUCAACAACCAACUUGGGCUGAACGUUGCAAGGACUUCCCCUGAUGCACUUUGCAGCGCUGUCUUCUCAUCUCCAGCUUCCUUAGCUGGCACAGCUGUCAUGCUUGAAGCAUCAGUCCUCAGGUUGAGCAGUGAAGCUAGAAUCAGUUUUCAAACUGAAGCAUCAGUCCUCGCAAGUUCACACAACUUGUGUGUGGGCCUUUUGAAGGGUUUGAAGCUAUUCCGAGGGCAAUUUCGGAAAGGAUUUUUUUGGUAGCAAUUUAGCAUCUCGACGAGAAAAGAACGGUUUUCUCUGCACGGACAAAUGACAGAAGAUGAGUUAAGACGAACUAGUAGCCUAAGAUCAGCGGGAUCGGCGGAGGAGGGAGUUAAGGGCUUCGGAGAUGACGUCAUUUUCGAUAAGAAGCUUCAGAAAGCAGAUAGAGAGAAGUUGCGUCGCGACAAGCUGAAUGAACAGUUCACCGAACUCGCGACAGUGCUCGACCCCGGGAAGCCCAAGAGUGACAAGGCGACGGUGCUGGGGGACAGCCUUGCUGCUCUGAGGGAGCUGCGGUCGACCGUGGCGGCGCUGAGGGCGGAAAACCUGGUGCUGUCGGGCGAGGCGAAAGAGCUGACAGCGGAGAAGCAGGAGGUGCGUGGGGAGCGGCAGCUGCUGCGGCUGGAGGUGGAAUCGCUGCAGGCGCAGCUGCAGAUGCGCAUCAACGCGCUGCUCCCAUGGCUCCCGCCCUCCACCUUCCCCUCCGCCUUUCCUCCUCCCUCAUCUUCCUCCUUCCCCUUCCCCUCCACCACCUCUCUCUCUGCUCUCGCCUCGCUCCGCCCUCCCAAUGGGGCAGUGCACGCUGCGGCAGUGCACCCUGCUGCUGCUGCCAAUGGGGCACUGCACCCUGCUGCUGCUCCUCCCAGCACGGCAAUUCCGCAUGCUCCUCCCAAUUGGGUUUUUCUUUCUGCUGCUCCCCACGAGGCACCAAACCGUGCUGUUUCUGUGCCCGUACCGGAUGCUGGUGCUAGCGCUGCAGCAAGUGCAGUAGGUGCUGCAGAUGAUGCUUUCCGCAGCAUCGCCGCUGCUCCUCCUCCCUCUGCGAACGGCGGCGUGCUUCCAGGCUUCACAGCUCCUCAGGCCAUCUCGGAGGCAGCAGCGAGCAUGGGAGGCUCAAGCGUGAUGGGUGCAGGAGGAGCCAGUGUGUUAGGUGGAGGCAGCAUGGGCCCGUCUUCGAUACAACUGAACCAUCACUUGCAACGGCAGCUACAGCAGCAGCUCCAGCAGCAGCUGCUGCACCAGCUGCAGCAACGACUCCUGCAGCAGCAGCAGCAGCAGCAGCAGCAGCAGCAGCAGCAGCAGCAGCAGCAGCAGCAGCAGCAGCAGCAGCAGCAGCAGCAGCAGCAGCAGCAGCAGCAGCAGCAGCAGCAGCAGCAGCAGCAGCAGCAGCAGCAGCAGCAGCAGCAACACCAGCAGCCGCAGCACCCGCAGCAGCAGAACAACCACCACCAACACCAGUAUCAUCAUCAGCAGCAGCAGCAGCAGCAGCAGCAGCAGCAGCAGCAGCAGCAGCAGCAGCAGCAGCAGCAGCAGCAGCAGCAGCAGCAGCAGCAGCAGCAGCAGCAGCAGCAGCAGCAGCAGCAGCAACAACGACAACAGCAGCGGCAGCAGCAGCACCAACAACAGCAGCAGCAGCAGCAGCAGCAGCAGCAGCAGCAGCACCAACAGCAACACCAGCCUUUCCCUCUCCUACCUCCUUAUGCCCCCACGCAUCCCAACCAGUCCCCGUCAACUCCAUUUCCCGCCAACUUCCACCAUCCCCCUCCUGCUCCCACUCCCCUGCAAGACUUGCAUCAUCCCAUGCCCGCUACCGCUCACCCGCCUAGAUUUCCCCCCUCGCAGCUCAUGUCAACCCACUCGUUGAAAGACUUGCACCAUUCGGCAGCCACUCCUAUUCACCCGCCUAGUUUCCCCCCUUCGCACCUCAUGCCAACACACUCGUCGCAAGACUUACAGCAUUCGACGCCCACGUCUGGCGCUGCAACACCAGUGGCGCUUAGCCCAGCAAUGCUUGGUUCAGCAGCUCUUAGCCCAGCAACACUUAGCACGAACCACAGACCCGACCCACCUCUUUUUGCCAGAAACGCUACUACGCCUCCAUCUCCUGUCAUAGUCACACCUUUUUCUGAGGUUAAUUCCCCAGCUACAGCGUCACGCCCACCUUCUGCUGCAGCCACGUCGCCUCCUGUUGCAGCAAUUCCACAUUUUUCAGGGGCAAAUUCCCCUGCUGGUGCAGUAAACCCACCUGGUCCUGCCACCGUUUUCCCUGGAAGUGCCACAGCCGCUGCACUCCAGGCAGUUCUCCAAUCAGCAGCUGCCAGGUCAGCAGCAGAGGCAGGCACACAGCCAGUGUUAGCAGCACCAGCAGGAGGAGCAGGAGGAGCAGGAGGAGCAGGAGGAGCAGGAGCAGCAGCAGCAGCAGCAGCGGCAGUAAUCAGGAUACAGGCCCCUGGCAGCGUGCUGCUGGGUGUGCAUCAAGCAAAGGCAGAAGGUGAAGGGGUGGGGGAUGAUGAGAUGAGGCACAGGCAGGUGAGCUGGCAGAACGCGCAGCUGCAACAGACUCUGCUCCAGCAACAUCAUCUGCAUCCGCAGCAGCACCCGCAGCAACCACAGCAGCAGCAGCACCCGCAGCAGCCACAGCAGCAGCAGCAACAGCAGCAGCAGCAGCAGCAAGGAGUGCACGAAGCAGUGCUGGUGAUGAUGCAGCAGCAGCAGCAACGGCUACAACAGAACCAUCAGCAUCAGCACCUAAACCGGCUACAACACCAGCACCAGCAACAGCAGCAGCAGCAGCAGCAGCAGCAGCAACAGCAGCACCACCAACACCCGCCACAGCAUCAGCUGCAUCAGCUGCAGCUUCACGCCACCGCUAUAAACCAUUACCCCAGCCACCAACCCAGCCACCAUCCCCAACUGGUCCAUUCCACCCAUGAGUCUACUCCAGCACCUCCCGCCCCUCCCCCGCCCUCCGACACCCUCCCAACUCAUCCGUUCGCUAUACCCUCUACCACUCCUGCUGCUGCCCUCACUACCGCCCUCUUCAACCCCCCCUCUGCACAUCCAACCUCCCUCCCCCCUGCGGCCCCCUCUGCCGCCCUCCCUGCUGCUGACCCCCCCACUCUUCCCCCCGUACGUUUUGGAGCAGCACCGCCCUUGGCUUCACCACCUUUGGCACCGCCACCUGCGAAACACCCCCAGACGUCAUCACCGCCAUCAGCGGCACCAUCUCCCUUCACUGAACCCCAGGUUUUAGCCUGCUCCACCCAUCGCAAGGUGGCGCCGCCCUCAGAGCACGACCUCUCACUCUCCCUAGGUGGGGCAGGCUUCAGCAGUGCUGUCAUGCUUGGGCAAGUGCCGGGAGCGAGCAGCAAGGAGGGGCUGGCUCCAGGCGAGAUUACAGUGUUGGGGAGGGUACUGAGUGGAAGCAGCAGCAAGCAGGACUCACCACCCCCUGGCAGCAGCAAGCAGGGGAGAGCACAAGGUGGGGAGGAGAGAGGGGUAAGAUAUCUGGGUGAAAGCAUACAAGCUGUGGGUGAGACGGCAGGGAGUGGAGGGCCCGGGGAAAAGGGCAGGAGGAAGGAACAUAUUAAUGGUGGAACGUUGGGUUGUGAGCAGCGACGGCUGGGGAGUGAGGAGGAGGGAGGGGAUAUGGUCGAGGGAGAGGGGGAAGUGGAGGGGGGGAAGCAGAGAAAGAAACGUGACUGGCUUUUGCUGUUCUGAGAAUUGACAGGAUUUCUUUCUUCCCAUGGGAGCUGAAUCUAAAGCUGCGCCGUUUGCCCUUCUUCCCAUGGACGCCAGUUUUUCUCUGCUUGCUGCCACAGCCAGCUUCAUGACCAGCUGCUGCUUGCUGCCACAGCCAGCUUCAAGACUAGCUGUUGCUUGCUGCCACAGCCAGCUUCAAGACUAGCUGCUGCUUGCUGCCACAGCUACCUUUGAGGCGCGUCAAGAAGACUACUACUAGCAGCCGUUCGCUGCCAGUGCAGCAAUUUCUAGCCUUCUGUUGGAUCUGCAGUCCCUAAGUUGGUCCACUGUUAAGGUUUUAGCUCUGUUUUGGUACUGCAGGAAAAUAAUGCGCCCCUGUGGUAUCCUCUCGCUUCCCCUGUUGCAUGCUGCACCCUGAAAUAUACCUCCGACCUUCUGGGUUCGCUUCUUGGCUGCUUAUACGAACUGGGGCUCCUUUCAUUGCUCGCAGUAUGAGCACGGAGCAGCUGUUUGGCUGAAAGUGACAUUCGCCAUGCGCUGCGGUUGCCUAGCCGCAAAUGACUACCUUCCUUCUACUACCGGUACCUGUAAGCUGUGCAGUACAU